AAUUGCUUCCCCUUCAAAGUUCAACUUCACUCUCACAAAGGCAAAAGAAAGGAAUUGAAGGAAGUGAAGAGCUAGCAGAGUGGAAGAGUAGAUACACAGGAGGAUUAGUUGAAGAAGAAGAAGAAGAUGAAGAUGAGUAAUGGUUCCAUGGGUAACUCUAAGAGAAGACUGUCAAGCAGAGGACUAGGAGGUAUUGUCAGAGAGCAAAGGGGAAGACUCUACAUAAUAAGGAGAUGUGUAGUCAUGCUUCUCUGCUGGCAUGAAUGAAGUGCUUGCUGGAGAUCUUAUUAUUUUGUUUCCCUAGUCGUCGGGGUUCAUCGUCGACGGCCUACCGCCUUUUUUUCUUCUUUUUCUUGAGUGUAAAUAGCAGAAAGGCAAAUGUUAUGAGAAUUACUAAGUUUUGUAUCAGUAAUGCCCAUUUGGGCAAACAUCCUACAUUGAAAAAAAGCUUUAAAGCUUAAUUAAAAGUUUCACUUCUGUU